AUGGCUCUUGGAGUCCUCACAGCUCUUUUGCAUAUAUUUGCUUGCUUAUUUCUUGAUAUUCUUGAAAUAAGCAAUGGUUCACAGAGUAGUAUUGACUGCUUGAAAUCAAUUAAAAAUUCACUAGAAGACCCUCACAGAUACCUUAAAGAUUCAUGGGACUUCAGCAACAAUACCGAAGGUUUCAUUUGUAAAUUUGAUGGAGUUGCUUGCUGGCAUCCUGAUGGAAUGAGUUAUCUAAAUGUUCUUAAACUUGACAACAACCAGCUAUCCGGUGAAAUACCUCCCCAAAUUGGCAACCUCGAUCGUUUGAAUGUCCUCAAUGUUUGUAACAAUAAGAUGUCAGGGUUAGUCCCUGUCUUUGGCAGUACCGCAAUUACAGCCGAGAGCUUUGCUAACAAUAAGAACCUUUGUGGAAAGCCUUUAGAACCCUGUCCAACUCAAAAGCAUGGACUGAAAUUCGACUUUUCAUUCCAAAGUGGGUUUCUAGUUGGUUAUGUGGUUUCUGCAGUUUCAGUAAUGACUAUUUUUGUGUCCCAUUAUGUGGUUUGCAUGAAUGAAAGGAAAACAGAUAAGAAGAUGACACUGUCAAAGGAGAGGAGUACUAAGAACGAGAAUAAAGAAGCUGAUCAAGUUAAUCAGUCGCAAACUAAGGGGCUCCUGCAAGAAGGGACCAAAAUGGUACUUUUGAAACUUCUUUUAAUUCCUUGUUUCAACUUUUUCGGAAAAAUAUAA